ACUCUUCGUACACCUGAGGCAGCAGGUGAGGCUGUAAUAACAGAACUCGUCGCUUGGCUCCGCUCCUGCAGGAGGCGCUCUUCAAAAAAACAACAUCAACGCUGUUGUUUCCGAUCACAGAAUAAACAAGAUGGCGUCCGGCAGUGGGUCCAACAAAAACGACUUCCGGCGAAAAUGGGACAAGGACGAGUUCGAGAACCUCGCCCAGAAACGUCUGGCGGAGGAGAGAGACCGGGAGAGGAGAGAUGGGAAGACGGCGCCGCCCGUCAAGAGGGAACUCCUGCGCCACCGAGACUACAAGGUGGACCUGGAGUCCAAGCUGGGGAAGACCAUCGUCAUCACCAAGACCACGCCCCAGGCUGAGAUGGGCGGUUAUUACUGUAACGUCUGUGACUGUGUCGUCAAAGACUCCAUCAACUUCCUGGAUCACAUCAACGGGAAGAAACACCAGAGGAACCUGGGCAUGUCUAUGAGGGUGGAGCGCUCGUCUCUGGAUCAGGUGAAGAAACGUUUUGAGGUGAACAAGAAGAAGCUGGAGGAGAAGCAGAAGGAGUACGACUUUGAGGAGCGGAUGAAGGAGCUACGGGAGGAGGAGGAGAAGGCGAAGGCCUACAAGAAGGAGAAGCUGAAGGAGAGGAAGAGGAGGGCGGAGGAGGACGUGGACCUGGAGGAGGACGACGAGAUGGCGGCCGUCAUGGGCUUCUCCGGCUUCGGCUCCUCCAAGAAAAGUCACUGACCUCACUGGACCGGGACCAGGACCGGGUCCAGGACCAGGACCAGGACCGGGUCCAGGACCAGGACCAGGACCGGGUCCAGGACCAGGACCAGGACCAGGACCAGGACCAGGACCAGGACCAGGUCCAGGAAGCUGUUGACACCAGAGACUGACGGCAGCAAACAGCAGCUCCUGAUUCAGGAUUUUAUUAUAAAUACAUUAAACACGUUGGUUUUAUUUCUGCUUCAUAUAAUAAAAGAGAAAAAAACAGUUUUCAUCUUGUUCUGAGGAACCAGGGACCUGGUCUGGACCAGAUCCACAGUCCUAGACCAGGUCUUGUCAGUCUCAGACCGUUUGUUCUGUGUGGCCUCCUCUGGACCUGGACCCUCGUGGUCCUGCUCCUCAUUACUGGAGUCCAGCCUCAGUUAAAUGUUCUUUUGAAGGUAAAGGUCUUAAAUCGAACCCAUAAUGAUCUUAAACAGUCUGUAAACCGGUCAGUGCUGAUCCAGACCGGCCCCUCUACAGGGGGGCACAGACAGACCAGGUCCAUGUGAAGAACUGAUGGACGUCAUGUCUCCUUUAAGACUUUAUCUCAGUCUGUUAAAGAUAAAAGAAACGAUUUGUUCAUGAACGGACUCAAACAUCCUGGAAGUUAAAGAAAAUAAAACAUUUACAUUAUGUUAAAAUGAGCCAAUGUUUCAUAUCCUGAGACCUGUGUCCUCAUACGGGGACGUCUCAGGUCUGUGCAGGUUAUCAACUAUAAACUAGAUCAACAUAAGAACAGGAGACGUGGACAAGGAACAAAACUUCAUUAAAUUCUACAUUUGAAACGUGUUUAUUUCUGAUUAUUAACCUUCUAGUUUCAUGUGAUGCUUAAAUUAAAUUCUACGUCUAAUUACUCAUUUGA